GCGAGCGUGCAAAGGGUAGAGGAAGUACUUGUCAAGGGUGGAUUGUUGUGUUUUACUUUGUAUUUUACUUCAAAUUUCUUGCAUAAAAAUGGCUAAAGCAUCUUUAUCUACGCAGUUCAGGAAAGUUGACGUUGACGAGUUAGACGAGAAUCAGUUUCAAGACGAUCAGGGCGAAGAUGCGGCGGAAAGUGGGCCAAAUGAAAGCGAAGUGAACAACCUCAUCUUACAAAAAAACAACAAAGAGGCCCUUAAGGCAGUUCUUCGCAAUCCACCUUUAGCAUCAAAGAAUCAAUCCACAAAGGACAAAGCAUUCAAUUUGGUUAUGAGAGUAUUACAGGCUUUUAAAGCAAGCGAAAUCGAGGCUGGGAUUAAAGUCCUAGAUAAAACAGAAGUGGAUGUUUUAAUGAAAUACAUUUAUAAAGGUUUUGAAAAGUCAUCAGACAAUGCAAGUGCUAUUUUGUUAGCUUGGCAUGACAAGGCUGUAGCAGUUGGUGGAAUUGGUUCAAUUGUUCGUGCAAUGUCUGACAGAAAAACUGUCUAAACUAUCAUAUACUUAGCCAGGGUUUUUCUUGGAGAACUGAACACAUUUUAUAAACUCUAUGACUCAUCUCUAUAAGUAUAAUACAUUGACCUGUGAUAAAUAAUUUUCUACUAAAUAUUUGUAAAUUUAUAUUGUUGAAUUAAAAUGUCACAUGUUAUUAAAGUGAUUACAUCCAUCUA